UUAGAUUCAAAACCGCGGCCAGUUUUUUUAACAUUAAAUUAACGCGUCUGAUUUUAUGGCACAUGUUGCCAUAAAAUAUAACUCCCCCAAUUCUGCAAAACAAAAUCUUAUCAUAAAUUCAUAACAAAUCCUCAACAAUUCUCAAUUUUCCAAUUUCCAAUGACAGGCUACCCGCCCAAUCCUUCAAACUACAGCUACAGCCAACCAUAUGGCGCGCCACCGCCUCCUCAACCGCAGCCCUACGGCUCACACCAGCCUCCAACGGCUCAAUCCUAUGGCUCACAUCAACCUCCAACGGCUCAACCCUACGCCGCGUCACCUUAUCAUGGUGCCACCCCUUCGGCUCCUCCAGCUUACAGCUCUAAACCCGACAAACCCCCAAAAGAUAACUAUUCACAACCAUAUAGUGCACCACCCCACACACAACCACACGGGUCAGGUUACCCUGCUCCUUCUUACGGUCCGCCGGGUCAUGGGCCGUCGGCUUACCCACCAUCCGGUUCAAGUCCAUUCGCGUCGCUGUUACCUUCAACUUUCCCACCGGGUACUGACCCGAAUAUUGUAGCAUGCUUUCAGGUGGCGGAUCAAGAUGGAAGUGGGUUGAUUGAUGAUAAGGAACUUCAAAGGGCUUUGUCUUCGUACAAUCAGAGCUUUAGUAUGAGAACUGUUCAUCUUCUUAUGUAUCUUUUUACUUCCUCAAAUUCUCGUAGAAUUGGCCCCAAGGAAUUUACUCUUCUGUUCUACAGUCUACAAUCCUGGAGGGAAAUAUUUGAGCGAUAUGAUAGGGAUAGAAGUGGCAAGAUAGAUGCUUCAGAACUGCGUGAUGCACUGUAUGGUCUUGGGUUUUCUGUUUCUCCUGUAAUCUUGGAUAUGCUUGUCUCUAAGUUUGAUAAGACAGGGGGGAGGAGCAAGGCCAUUGAAUAUGAUAACUUCAUCGAGUGCUGCCUUACAGUGAAGGGUCUAACCGAGAAGUUCAAAGAGAAGGACAAGAAUUACAGUGGCUCGGCAACUUUUACUUAUGAGGAUUUCAUGCUCACGGUUUUACCUUUUCUAAUAGCGUAAUAGGCCUGUAUGUUCAUUGAUUACUCUUCUGUUUGUAUAAUAGUAUUUGGAAUUAUGUAAUUUUCAUGCUUGGAUGUUGUGGCUAGAUGCAUCAAGAUAUGAAACAAACUCUGUCUCCAGUUGGAGCUGGUUUGAUGAGUGUAUAUGAUGUGGAUUUUCGUCCCUUUUCAUGAUUGUAUCUUGUAUAAAAGAUUUUAGAAUUAUCGAAGCUCUUAUUUUCCGUUGCCAAA